AUGAGGCAGAGGUUGCGCAGUGAGGAAUGCUUGCCAGAGAAAGGCUGGGAGAAAAAUGCAUUGUCAGCAGAUUAUCGAAGCCUAAGCUUGCUGGAAACCUUGUGCCGUCGUGAGAAGGAUGGCCGGCAGCAGGCUGAGGCCGUAGUUGCCUCGGAACGCCGCCGGGCAGAUUUGGCAGUAGCAACUUGGACAUGA